AUGUAUGCCGGACGGCGUUCGGAGAGGAUAGGUAGUACUGCUGCGCUUCUUGACGACGCUAUCACUGGUACCGUCUCCCGCAUCCUCUCCGCGCAACAGCCUUGGACUUGGCGCGGGAAGGAGUCUUUCGGCACCGCACACGGUACUAUUGGUAUUAUGUGCCAGCUUGUCCUCUCGCAGCCGAGCAUUGCGUCUAGGGUAGAGGGCAUCCUAUCCGAUCUCCUGGCUACACAGCUUCUAAGCGGGAAUUUCCCCUCGUCCGCGCGAUCCAAGUCCGACCGCGUAGUCCGGUUCUGGCACGGCGGGCCCGGGCUCGUCAUCUCGCUCUCUUCGCUAGAGCUGCACUUCUUGGCUUUGAAGAAGUGGGUUUGGGAUGCGGUCGGCCGCGCGGUGGCGCUCGGGAAGAGAAGUUUGAGCAUUUUUUGGCGUUUAUGGGCACUGAGACUAUGGAGAAUAUAG